AUGAAAAGAAGAAGGACGAAGAACCACAAACUAACGGAAGAGCUGGAUGCUAGCGAGAAGACGAACCGGGAUUGGGAAGUUGCUCAGGGAGAAGAGUUCUUGGAUCAGCUUAUUGAAGAUUUGGCCGAAGCGGAAGAUACCAUCAAGUAUAUGGAACGGCAAAAGCAUGAUAUUCUCGAUGAUGUUGACAAGCUGAAAGAUGCUAUCAUUGCUCAAGAUCAGCUGAUUGAGAUCCUUGAAGCAGAUAUUGUCAUUUACGAAGAGCACAUAGGAAUACUGAGAGAAUCACUUGGAGCAUCUAAAGUUGAUCAUCGCGCUUUACUACGAUCCAAAGCUUUCGAAACGAAACUAAAAGCGCUUGAGAGGGAAAAAGAGCAAAUCAACAGCAGAUCCAAGGGUGAGUUUCUUUGUCUUGAAGAAAAAACCUUCCGAGUGCUUUGUUUCCACUGGUGUCAUCGCUGCUAUCCAAGCCUGUUCUGA